UAAUAGUGACGUAGGUGACGUUACAGAUACUCGACGUUUGCGGGUAUUAUUGGAAAACUACUGAUAUGUUCCGCGGAGUUUAGCCAAUUUAUUGUCUAUCGCUUUAAACAUAUUAGUGCCGUCAUAUUUGCGUCUACUUUUACGAAAAUGUCCACUUUGGCGGAGUCCCUGGCCCACGAAGGCUGGUACCUCAGUGAUGAAGGCAUUGCUGAACUGAAAGGAGCUGCUGAGAACAUUACGCAUAAGGAUAUUAUUCGCAUUGCACUUGAUACUGAUCUCAGACUGAUUGGAAGGAAAAUUCUGCCAUCAGACAUCAAUAGUGGGCGGGUUGAAAAGCUGGAGGGUCCAUGUGUUCUCCAGCUGCAGAAAUUGAGGAACAUCUCAGCGCCAAAAGACAUGGAGUCCCAGGGAGGGCUACGAAUGCUGCGCCUGCAAAUGACAGAUGGUCAUACCACCUGUGCUGGAUUGGAGUUUAAACACCUGGCCAAAAUCAGCCUAAAUACUCCCCCUGGAACAAAACUUAAUCUCCACGGUACUGUCCUGGUUAGAAAUGGGUUUUUGCUGCUUGAUGACUCAAAAAUUACUGUUCUUGGUGGAGAGGUUGAACACAUGGUGGAGAAAUGGGAAUUGCAGCGGAGUCUGUCCAAGCACAACAGAAACAACAUUGGAGCAGAGGGGGGACCGCCUCCUUUUUUGGCAUUUGGUCAGAAGAAUGCGAAGAAGGAUGAAAUGGACAGUGAAGUGCUUGACCACAGGAAAACCCUUCAGAGUGUAGUCAAAAUUGCUGUUGAGAAUGACGAGUUUGCAAAGCAGCGGACUGCAGCUAUUGCUGAGGUGGCGAAGGGCAAAGAGGGUCCCCGCACAUUUGGUGGAGGAGGAAAUGCAGGGAGUAAUUUGUCGACCACUACUUUACGGAGCCGUCACAAGUACAAGCGGGAAGAUAGGGUCGAAAGACAUGAAAACAGACAAGAUGGUAACUAUCGAGAGCUGGUGGAUGAGCGUGCUCUGAGAAACAUUUUAGAUAUGGGCUUUAACAAGGAGGCAGCCCGGCAAGCCUUAAUGGAUAGUAAUAACAAUCUUGAGGUGGCACUCAACAGUCUUCUGACAGGAUCCUGUGAUAGCAGAUCCAACCCUGUGGUCACAGACAAGCCUCAGCCCAGAGGCAGAGGAAGGGGACGGGGACGGUUCAGAAAUGAUGGUGAGGAGGAGGCUGGAGGGAGGCCCUCUGGACCAAGUACACUUUUUGACUUCCUGGAAUCCAAGAUGGGUGUUUUCUCAAUUGAUGAGCCAAAGAGCCAGACUGCCAAUAGAAAUGAAAAUAAAGAUAAUUGGCAUGGCUCAGACCAUUACUCCAAAGAUGCCUCUCACAUCAGGUUCUCCUCACAUUCUGAUCACAGGCAAAAAAAGAAUGACAGGCCACCCCGCUUCCACAGGGAGACAGACUUUCCCAAACCUGGACAGGAGCCCUUCUCAAACUGUAUGAUCCCACAAACUUCAUCAAUUGAGGACUAUAGAGGCCAGGAUAAGUCAUCACAAGGAAUAGCAGACCAACAAACGAAAGACAGGAAAGAGACUAAUGACGAGCAUAUUAAUAGCUCUUCCUUCACACCACCGUUUACUCAUUCCAAUGAAACUCGGCAGCAAACAGAAUCAGUCAGGUCAUUUCCACAGCGGUCAAGAAAUGGUGAUGAUGGAAAUAUGGCUGGACCAUUUCUCCGGAGAGGGGCAAAGGAUAAUGCUCCCUCACCUAAAAAGAAUCCUUCAGGAAAUGUCAUAAUUCCUAACUCCAACCCAAACAGCUUCAGGAGAAAGGGAAAAUCUGAUCGACCUGACUACUUAGGUCAUCAACGAGAAAGUGUGCCAACAAGCUCGAGUGGGGGAAGUUUAGGAAAUUCCUGUGAAGUACAAUUGUUACAGAAUUCACAAUUCUUGACUGCGCCUCCCUCUAAUUUCCAAAAUGGAGUUGCGUUGCCCAUAAGAACUGGGCCAAUCAAGCCAACUAAUAAACCUGGUCCUGUCCAGAGGGAACAGCCUCCUAAAAGGAACGUUUACAUUAAUCCUGGUCCCAAAAGAAAGUCUGGGCAAGGCAAAGGUCCUCGAAUAACAGUGAAAAGUACUAAUGACAAUCAGACAUGGAAACCUGGAGAUCAGUGCCUUGCUCUGUACUGGGAAGACAGUAAGUUCUACCAUGCCAGAAUAGAUGCCGUGCAUCCAUCAGGCUCUACAGCUGUGGUCGUGUUUAGUGAUUAUGGAAACUGCGAAGAGAUCCUUCUCCAUAACCUCAAGCCUAUUACUGGGGACAUAUUGGAAGAAGAUGAUGGUUAUUAUGACAGUUCCCUUGAGUUUCGCCGAGGUGGAGAUGGACAGCCAAGGCGCACAAGACCAACACAACAGUAUUACCAGCCACCCAGGGCACGAGAUUGAUGUUAACAUUUACGCUGACCGCUGAAUUGAUAUGAAAUCGCAGGGUCUUGCCCGCAGUGGUAUUAUUUUCUUUCUCGAAAUGUGAAAUGUUGAUCCAAUUUACUAUGCUCUGACCAUGUUCUGAACUAAGGAACUUUUCACCAAGACAUUUAUCUAGCCAAGGACAUUUUUAUAACUUGAAAUUGUGAAAUACACAUGGGAAAAAAAAAACUUAAUACAACAGGGUAUAACAUCAAAUCCCUUUUAUAUUCAAGAAAGGAAUGAUGCAUUACAUAUAGUUCAGUCAGUUAUUUUCCCAUUAUUAUUGGGGGAUGUUGAAAUGGAGAAAAUAAAUUUUGUGGUAAUUAGUUUUUAACAAAGUUUUAUUUCUCCAUUUGUUAGUGUUCAUCAACCUUUAUAUAUAUCUUCAUCAUUGCUGAGUAAACUGAAGUCUGCAUCCUGUUGUGACAUGGAGGAUUUUUAAAAGGGCUUACAAUGCAAAAACUGACACUGAGCACUUGAUUUUGUUUAAGCGCUAAUACUUUAAAUGUUGUGAAAGUUUCUGAAGAGGUUGUAUUAAAAUAAAAUUUCAUGUUCCA